GUUUUUAUGUAAGAGCGCCGAGGGAGAGACUGAGUUUGUCAUCUAAAGCCAUAAAUGGUCCAAAGAUCAGGGAGGAACUGAGGGAGACAAAAAGAUAGGAGGAGUAGAGCUUCCCGUCCAGUUCCCUUCAGCUGCAGAGCUGCAACCAAGCUCCGCCGGGCUCCAGGUAAGCAGCAAUGGGUGAGGAAGCAGCCAUGGAGAUGAAAACCAUCUCAAAACGGGAAAGAAAGGUGAAAAUUCUGCUGAACUCGGAGAGCGGCAGCACCACACAGAACAGCUCCAUCGGCGUGGUCCGGUGGAACCUGCCCGACGAGGACGUCCAGACUCACAGCUCGGCCCCCAGCAUCUCGGCCAACUCCAACAACCUCACACACCGCUCGCAGACCAGCCUGAGGAACCUGCGCAGCCUGCAGGAGUGCAUAGAGUUCAUCAAACACUGGAAGGAGCAGGUGGACCAAGUGUGCAAGGGGUCUUCAGAUCCAGAGGAAGGCAGCAGCAGACGAGGGUCUCCGAGCUCCGACCGGCGUGCGGAACGCAGCCUGGAGGAGAGCAGGAAGCUGAUCCUGGAGUGGGCCGACGAGCUCCGCCACGUCGACAAGCUUUUACAGGAGUCGCCGUGGAACGAAGAGAAGGAGAACAAAAACGAUGAAGACGCCAGAGAGGAGGCUCAGCUGAAGAUCAUGGAGUGGGCAAAAGAGCUUCAGAGCGCGUCAGAGAGUUGCGGCUUGGAAAGUGACGAGCUCGGCAAAAUGCUUCGUCUGCUGGGCCUGAAGAAGAAGCGUUUAGUCAGACUGCUGCCCCUGCUGGAGUUCAUCACCUGGUCUCUGCUCAAGGAGGAAAGCGCGGGAGGAAUUUCCCAGUUGUGGCUUUUGGCAAAGCAAAGGACCUGGAAAGCAGGAAUUUCAAGAUACAUUCCAAACUCAGUGUGGAGUUGGAUUAGCUCUGCAUCAGCUGAUGUGAUUCUGGACCCCAACACCAACCAUCCCUGGCUGCAGCUUUCAGACGACCAGCGUAAGGUCCAAGAAGGUCUGUCGGAGUCCGACCUGCCUCACACCUCCCAGCGCUUCGACAGCUGGCCCUGCGUGCUGGGCUGGCAAGGCUACAGCAGCGGGCGCCACUAUUGGGAAGUGGACAUAGCGAACAACGGCUACUGGCGCAUCGGGAUGACGACCGCCGACUCCCAACGGCAGGGCCGCUUCUCCAUGUGCCCAAAGCUGGGCUACUGGGUGCUGUGGCGAAGCACGCACCACUUCUACGCCUGCACCCAACCCGAGACGCAGCUGCCGCUCGGCCUGGUGCCCCGCCGCAUGGGCGUCUAUUUAGACCACCAGGAAGGCCAGAUCUCCUUCUACAAUGCGGAAACCAAGUCUCACAUCUUCACCUUCACCGGUUACUUUAAAGACAAACUCUACCCGCUGUUCGCUCCAAUGGACGGCCGCACACUCAUGACAGUCAUCGAGCCACAGAAAAACGCCAAAAACUGACACUAACACGCCAAACCGGAAUGAACAGAAAAAAACAAGAAAAAUGAACUUCAAUAAUCUGGCAUUCCCAGAAAUGAGAAGAGGAGAAAACCAAUUAUUUUAUUUCUAAAGUGUUACUUAGGUUUGACUUUUAUGUAUAUAUAUAUAUUAUGUAUGUAAAGACUCUGUAAAGUGCUAAUAACACUAUCAAUAGAGCUGAUAUCCAAUGGUAGCACUUUAAAUGUAAUGUUGGAAAAUGUUAUGUGACCAAAGCACAGAACGUGCAUGACUAAACUUUAAGUUAAAAUGAUGAAAAUGUAUCUUAAAAUAUAUUAAAACAUAGAAUGUUUUUUUUUUUAAAGGCUGGAGCUAAAAAGACUUGAUGGAACUGAUUGAGCAUCUUUUGUAUUUCUAAGUGGAGUUUCAGAUUUGCACACUAAAGGAAGAGUACAUUAAGUUGAAAGUUUUUAUCCAAUAGAAGCAUCUUGUAUUCAAUUAUAAAAAAGUGUUUUUGGUGCAUUUUUUUGUGUUUUUCUUGCUAAUAGUUUUUGUAAGAAGUACAAAGUUGUAGAAAAUGACUAGCAAAAGUGUCCUUACUGUCUCGCUUUUCGAGUAUUACUCCCCAAAAAAUA